AUGGAAGGCGACCCACAGCAGCAGCACACCACCCCGGUGGCAGUCGGGGACCAUUCCGCCGGAGGAGCCAUGGAUCUCGAGGACUCGCCCGCCCCCGUCCCUGCGGCCGUUCUGGAGUCCGCCCCCGUACCCUCCUCCUCCACCGCCGCCGCCGCCACGGGCGCCGUCAUGCUGCUCGACGACCUCCCACCCGCCGCCUUCGCCUUCGCCACGGCCACCACGGCCACGGCUGGUGUCGAGGCUGGUGCCGGUGCCCCCGCUUCCUCCUUCCCCGCCACUCCACUGCCGUCCACCACCACCACCACCACCACGGCGCCGACGACGCCGCUGGGCUCGGCCAUGGAUGAGGAGCCCUUCAUGGGCGCGGCGGCGUCGACCUCCCUCAGCACCGCGGUCAGCAGCACCCCACAGCAGCAGCAGCAGCACGCCCUGGCAGCUGCACCGCCACUCGCAGCGGCGGCGGCGGCCGUGCCCUCCUCGGCAUUCACAUCGGCAGCUGCCGGGCCACCACCGCCUCAGGCGCUGCUGCACGGCGGCGGCGGCGGCCGGGAGGUGAUGGACGAAGAGGAAGAAGACGACGAUGAAGAAGAAGAAGAAGUGGUGAAGGACGACCUGCAGGCGGCGGCCAUGGCGGCCGAGGUGCCCGCGUGGGCGCUCUCCGGGGCGGUGCGUCCGGUGCACCAGCACCCCGACGCGCUCCUGCCCCACGUCGAAGAGGAGGACGACGAGGACGAUGACGACGACUCGGACGACGAAGAGGAGGCGGCCAUCGUGGGAGGCGGCGGCGCGGCCGACGACAACGAGGAGCGCGGCAGCUCGGGCAAGGGCGGCGCACGGCUGCCCUUCGAGGCCAGCGACAUCCCCCGCACCAAGCACGAACUCGCGCCGCAGGCGGUGGAGGAGGAGGUGGUGAUCCCGGCCGAGGCCGCGCUGGAGCUGGCGGGCGCGGUGGAGGGCAUGGUGGAGGGCUUCCUCGUGGUGGCGGCCGACCCCGCGCGGCAGACGCUCGACAUCGACAACGCGCUGUGCUUCGACGACCGCACGCCGCUGGGCCGGGUCCACGAGGUGUUCGGCCCGGUCAAGAAGCCCUACUACGCGGUGCUCAACGCCCACGUCGAGCGGCUCCGGGCGCAGGGCCGCGAGGCCCUCCUGACCCGCGGCACGCCGGUCUACUACGUGCCUCAGGCCUCCUGCUUCGUGCAGCCGACCAUCAUCUACACCCGCGGCUCCGACGCCUCUGGCGAACACGACGAGGAGCCGCCCGAGGACGAGCUGGAGUUCUCCGAUGACGAGCAGGAGGCCCUCCACCGCCGACAGCGGAAGAAGAAGCUGCAGGACAAGCGGCGGCAGGCGCACGCAGAGACGCAGGAAUGGGAGGGCAACGCGGAGAUGGCCCUCCGCACUGGCGCGCCGGCCCACCACACCUCGUCUGCCCCCGCAGGGCGAGGAAGGGGCGAGCGCGGCCGGCGAAGGGCCGCCAACAGGGGCGGCUACGCGGGCGGCGGCUGGUCUCGUGGACCGGCGCCGCCCAUGGCCCAUGGCAUGCCCUACGCUCCCGCGGCAGCGGCGGGCGGUGGUGGCCACCACGCGCCCGGGGAGUACACGCCGCUGCAGCGUCCGUCGCAUUUGGUGGACCACGUCAUGAGCAACCCGGCCUACGGCGCGGCGAGUCACGGGCAGCAGGCCUACUUGCCGCCGCAGCAGCAGCUGCCCUCGCUCGUGCCGUACGGGACGCCCUACGGCCACAUGGCCUACCCCGGGGCACAGCCCAUGCCGAUGCCGAUGCCGAUGCCGAUGCCCGCCGCACCGGGCCAGACCCAGGGCCAGGCGCAGCCCCAGGCCAUGCCGCUGCCGAUGCCCCUCCCGAUGCCGCCGCAGGCCUACCCCGGAGGCCCGCCCAUGUACCCGCCGGGCGCGCAGGCCUCCUGGCAGAACCAGUUCUACGCGUCGCCCCACCACCACAACUCCUCCUCGUGA